AUGGCAGAUGAAUUGUGGGAUGAAAUUCAAGGCCUGGAUCUAGGUCCUGAGGAUCCAGCCCUCUUCAUUCCCCAUGAAGCUUAUGUGUAUGUUGAAGAGUUCAAUCGACUGAGUAUAAUUGCAAGACCUCUCAACCCAAGAGUCCAAAACUUGAACGCGGUGAUUGCAGCCUUACCUCGGUACUGGGGAAUGACGGUGCAUGUCCAUGGAAGAAUUCUGGAUGCAACUUAUGUUCAAUUUCUCUUCCAAAAUGAAGUUGACUUGCAGUCAGUACAAAGAAGAGAACCAUGGAUUUUCAACAACUGGUUCGUGGCUACUCAAAGAUGGGAACCUGCUCCUGCUCUUAACUUUGUUACUUCUAUUGAUCUUUGGGUGCAGAUUAGAGGAAUUCCCCUGCCCUAUGUGUGUGAAGAGACGGCUCUAGAGAUAGCACGUGACUUAGGAGAAGUCAUCAUGCUGGAUCAUCAUGACGCAACAUCUACUCAAAUUACUUAUAUCCGAGUUAGAGUGCGUUUUGGCAUCACAGACAGGCUCAGAUUCUUCCAACGAAUCAUCUUUGAUUCGGGAGAAGUGGUUACCAUCAGAUUUCAAUAUGAGCGCCUCAGAAGAAUCUGUAGCAGUUGCUUCAGGUUUACGCACAACAGAGCUUAUUGUCCCUAUAGACCACGUCCCCACAGCAUAGCCAGAGAAAGAGCUGUCUUCAGAGACAGUGUUCAUAGGUCAAGCUUGAACUCUCAAUCGCAGAUGACGGAGACUUCAUUUCCUGCUCCUGUGACACCGCCUCCUAGAAUUGCUCAUCCACCACUGAAUCCUGAAGAAUUGAGAGCUGCGUAUCCAUACUAUGCAUCAGUUAGAGAUACUCAUACAUUACAUGUUGGAGAAUCUAGUACUGCAAGACAACAAUGGUCAUCGAGUUCUAGUACCACUCCAACAAGAGCAGACACUCCUAAUCAUGAUAACAACAGAGUCUUUGAAGUCGGUCAAUCCUCAAGAAGACAGGAAGUAAGAAGAGAAGCAGAGGAUCCUAGACUUCAAACUCGUCUACACAGUGCUUCAAGAAUGGGAGAGAGUCUGAAACCUCCCAAAAAGAGAUAACCACUCUAACAAGACUUCUGUCAAUUUUUGUUGAAGACUACAGGGAAUCUAGGAUAGCAGCUUCAAGUAGUUGGAUAUGUUUUUUUGGUUCUGACAUAUCCUUAACUUUGUUAAGUUUCAGGUUUAUUAUUUCAUGUUUCUCGUUUUACUUCUAAGAUCAUCUUGUUAUGUUUGAAUCAAAGGUUUGUAAGUGGUUAGACCACUCAAACACUUUUUGUAAGAACACAAUGACAUGAAUGAAUGAAAGAUAACUUUUAGGGAAAAAAAAAAAAAAAAA